AAAAUACUAGACAAAUAAUAAUGAAAAGACUACAAUCAUUGAUAUUAUUUAGUAUUGGUCUAUUUGUCAACACCAUUUAUUGUUUGGACAAUGAGAUUGAUGUAAAAUACGAGCCAAACUGGGAAUCACUGGACAACCGUCCACUGCCUCAAUGGUAUGAUGAGGCAAAAGUAGGCAUUUUCAUACAUUGGGGCGUUUUCUCGGUGCCCGCCUUUGACAGCGAAUGGUUUUGUUAUAAUUGGGCGGCAAAGAAGCAGAAGAAUGUGGUCGAUUUUAUGACCCGUAAUUAUAGACCCGGAUUCACGUACGCAGACUUUGCCAAAGAAUUCACCGCCGAGUUUUUCGAUCCUGAUAAAUGGGCUCAAUUGUUUAAAGAUUCCGGGGCUAAGUAUGUGGUGCUGACGAGCAAACAUCAUGAGGGCUACACUAUGUGGCCGUCAAAGACCUCCUGGAACUGGAAUGUCAUGGAUGUCGGGCCCAGACGUGACUUAUUAGGCGAUUUGGCCAUAUCUGUCCGUAAGACUGGCCUUAAGUUUGGUGCCUAUCACUCAUUGUUGGAGUUUUUUAAUCCACUCUUUCUCGCCGAUCAGAGCACUGGAUAUAAGACACAGGAGUUCGUGAAAGCCAAAGUAUUGCCAGAAAUGAAGGAAUUGGUCAAUACAUACAAACCGGACGUCUUGUGGUCAGACGGAGAGUGGGUCGCCGACGAUAAGUAUUGGAGCGCUACUGAUUUCUUGGCCUGGCUUUACAACGAGAGGUAUAAUCCGGGCGUUAUUCAAAACCGCAAGUUUGAAAAUGCCAUGAGUUUGGACCGGAACUCGUGGGGCUUCAGAAGGGAUGUACAGUUAGACGCCUAUUUGAACAUGUGGGAUCUGAUUGAACAAUUGACCAAGACAGUCAGUUGCGGAGGAAAUCUGUUGAUAAAUAUCGGUCCGACGGCUGACGGAAGGAUCAAUUUGUUAUUUGAGGAGCGGUUGAGAGACUUAGGCUCUUGGCUUAAAGUGAAUGGAGAGGCCAUUUACUCGACUAAGCCGUGGAAACAUCAAAAUGAUACAAUUACACCGUUUGCAUGGUAUACCUCAACGGAUAAGGCGGUGUAUUUAAUAUCAUUGCGAUGGCCGGACAAUAACAACGAGCAGGAGUUGGGAGCACUCGACCCGACCAUUGUGUCCAAAAUAGAGUUAUUGGGAGUUUCGGGUGAAUUAAAGUUUAGCCCGAAAGGCAAGGGAACUGUAGUGACAUAUCCACCUCUGACACCGGGAACGGCAUUAAAACACGCUUUUGUACUCAAAAUAUACACUAAAUAA